AAAAUUUGGCCUAAAUUUCCAAAACCCAAAAAGAAAGAAAGAAAGAAAAACCCAAACCCAAAAGCAUCAAUCAAGAUCGGGUCUUCUCUAACUCUUCUCUACUCUAGGGUUUCUCUCUCUUCUCUCUGUCUCUUAGGAAUCUAUCUGGUCUUUCAUUCUCACUAACCCUAGAGAAAAGCAAAGCUCGCGAUUCUUUUCUUUCAUUCCAGGGGUUUUCAGGAUUUCUCGUGGCGGAUUGGGCCGCUGGUUUGUGUAGAAAGGGUGGUGGUACGGAAACGUUUUACGGGAUUGAAUUGGUGGAGGAGCUCAAAUGCCGGAGGAGGAACUGGUUGAGCUCAAGUUCCGAAUCUACGAUGGGUCAGAUAUUGGUCCCUUCCGCUACUCGCCGGCCUCCACUGUAGCAAUGGUCAAGGAGAGAAUUGUGUCAGAGUGGCCAAAAGAUAAGAAAAUCAUACCCAAGGGAGCAAAUGACAUAAAGCUGAUAAAUGCUGGAAAAGUAUUGGAAAACAACAAGACUGUUGGCCAGUGUAGAGUACCUUUUGGUGAGCUUCCAAGAGGAGUUAUCACCAUGCAUGCUGUUGUGCAGCCAUCUUUAGCAAAAGCAAAAACAGAAAAGAAGGUUGAUGAUGUCCCAAGAAAAAGUUUUUGUUCAUGUUCCAUAUUGUAACUCGUAAGUGAGUCCGUCUUGAUUCAGCACUAAGUUUGUGAGGCUGCCUCGGGUUUCUUCUUGGGACCUCCUAAGCCACAGAGAUGAGUAGCUGCAGGAAAGACAAAAUAAUUUGUGGAAGUCCCCAUCCCUCAUUGUUACAUGUUUGUUGGAGGGCAUUCCUGUGUAACAGUGCAUGUCGGUGAUGAUGAUGUAUUAGCAUUUUAUAAAAUGCGUGUUUGAUGUAUUUUGGUAGCUGCAGUCCUACAUAUUCGAUUAACAUAUAUAAAAGCCUUAAUGUGUUUCACAAUUUAAUAUGUUGCUGAA